UCAAUUGACAUAUUGUUAAUUCAAAGCAAAACAAAACUAUUUGCACAUUGUUUGAACGUAGCAAUAAUUUUGAUUCUAAAAUGAUUAUACCAAUUCGUUGUUUUACCUGCGGAAAAGUUAUUGGCAAUAAGUGGGAGUCUUACUUAGGACUUUUGCAAGCAGAAUACACAGAAGGUGAUGCUCUUGAUGCGUUAGGAUUGAAGCGAUAUUGCUGUCGUCGCAUGCUGCUUGGUCACGUGGACCUUAUAGAGAAACUUCUCAAUUAUGCUCCUUUGGAAAAAUAGAUCACUUAUAUUAGGAUAACAUGCACAAAACAAAUAUAGUUAAACUGUUUUAAGUUC